AUGAGCCAAUACGUCAACGUGCCCAAGUCGGAGCUCGACCAGUCGCAGAUCCGCGAGCUGGAGCAGUACGAGAUCUCGCAAGGACCCCUCUCCGUUCUUCAGCAGUCGGUGCGCAAUCAUACGCAGAUCCUCAUCGCGCUCCGCAACAACAAGAAGCUCCUCGCGCGCGUCAAGGCGUUCGACCGCCACUCGAACAUGGUGCUCGAAAACGUGAAGGAGAUGUGGACAGAAGUGCCCAAGGGCAAGGGAAAGAAGCCCGUCAACAAGGAUCGCUUCAUCUCCAAGAUGUUCCUCCGCGGCGACUCGGUCGUCCUUGUCCUCAGGAACACCGCAUGA